AUGCUUGAAGAGAUACGGAUUUAUAUCAUGGACAUGUUUGCUUACAUGAAUGAUGAAAGUGAAAAGUGGAAUUCAAAUGUUUGUCCAAAAAUUUUGAAAAAAAUGAAUCGAUUUGGGAAAAAUAUGAGGUUUUGGGGAAUAAUUCAUAGUCAAGGACGUGUGUUUGAGGCCAGAAGAGGGUGUGGCAGUUAUAGGGUGGACUUAGAUGAUAUGACCUAUUUAUGUAGGCUGUGGGAUUUGGCUGGCAUCCCUUGUGUGCAUGCAAAUGCAGUGAUUAAUUUUAUCCAUCAAACACCUGAUGCAUACAUCAAUGCAUACUUCUCUAAAGAGAAAUUUAGGCAAUGUUACUCAACAAACAUUGAACCUGUUAAUGUAAGCAAUCUUUGGGCCCAAACUGAAUACAUUAAGCCAUUGCCUCCAAUGUCUAGGAGGAUGCUUGGUAGGUCUGCUGCCAAAAGAAGGAGGCAUGCCAGUGAGAAGGAGAGCAAGUUUUCAACAACAAAAGUGAAGGUUUCACGAACUACCAGAUGUGGAAAUUGUUUGGAAUAUGGUCAUAACAAGAGGGCAUGUAGGAAUGAGAGAAAACAAUAUGUACCUCCCCUACCAAAGAAGACAGGAAGGCCAAGAAAACAUCCCAUCCCCCAUGUAUCUGUUCCUAACCAACCACUAAAUGAGAAAAUGAGAGAAAACAAUACUACAAGCCCUGGUAAACCAAAUGGCCCAAGUCAACCUUCGUGCUCUAACAUAGUGAGGAGGAGUCCAAGAAAACAUAACACAUUGAGGAUGAGUCCAGGAAAACAUCCUAUUCCCCCAUCAACUACAUAUGUUUGCAAGCAACAGGCAGGUUCUAAAAGAUUUAGGAGAAAUAGUAUUGAUGUACCUAGGAAGAAGUUGUGCACAAGGAGAGGUGGUGGGAGGAUUGGUUCUGCAAAAACUAGGAAUAAUACUCCAACUAUAGGUACUCAAUAG